AUGUCUUCCAAAGUCUUUGUCGGAAGUCUUGUUAGGAACCUAUCGUGGAACACGGACGAUAAUUCACUUAGAUCAGCCUUUUCCGACUAUGGCCAGGUCCUAGAUUCCAUUGUCAUGCGUGAUAGAGAUACAGGCAGGUCAAGAGGCUUUGGAUUCAUUACCUAUGGGAGUGAAGACGAGGCCAACGCCGCCGUCAAUGCGUUGAAUGAACAAGAACUUGAUGGUCGCCAAAUUAGAGUCAGCUUAGCCAAUGCUCGAGGCGGAGGUGGCUUUAGCGGCGGUGGCUUUGGCGGAGGGUACUGA